GUACUUGUUUCUCUCUUUCAUCUUUCAGGAAAACAACAAAAAACAUCACUCCAUUCAGUAACUAACGGUCGGGUUACAAAAUUGUUCCUCUUUUCUCUUCAUUAUUUGUGUGUUUUGUUUCUCUUCCUAUUUUGCCUCUUAUUGUGUUUUUUACAAUUUUGUCCUAUUCUCAACAUAAUUAUAAUCUUAUGUUUACACUUAAAUCAACAUACAUUUACAUGAUUCUGCUCAAAGUUCCAUUUAAUAUAUCUUGUAAAUCUUGUUAAUUGUCAUUACAUUUCAUAAUCGGUGCCUAGACCUGAGCAAGAAGUAAAAAUCAUCUGUUUGCUUUCUUUUUUCUCUCUGCUACCUCUCUCUGUUUGGGUUUUAUUAUUUAUAUAUUUAUCUGUCUUUCCUUUCCUUCUGGUUUGUUUGUUUUAUUUGACUGUUGGUUAAUUUUGCUUCUUGAUCAACUAUCCAGCUUACAAUUUAAAUAAUCUCUGAUUAUAUGGUGAUUGCGAUUUACCUAUUCUCCAGUUCAACUAUCCUUAUUGUUUCUCUAUAUCCAGUACUACCAUAUAUACACAAAUCAAACCCUCUUUACCUUUUGUCAUUAACGUUUAAUCUCAAUUGUAUUUGAGCCUUCCAUUUUUCUCUUCUCUCUUUCUCUCUAUCUCUUCCAAUUUGUGAGUCUUUUUAUCACCGAGUCAUCUUAUCUUCGUCAUCAUCACACCAUAUUCAAUAAUCACAACUACUAUUGCUGCAACCAACACUACCACCAUCGCCAUAAUCAUCACCAUCUUCAUAACUUCUCUCCUUUUAUUUCUUGUGAACACAACAACAUAGUUUUCCAAUCAUCAUAGUUCACCUUUCACCACCACUUGAAUUAUGUCAGCUCCACGUGAGCUCGGUCAACAGAUUCGAUUAAGUGGACAUACAUUAGACAAAGCAACCAAAGCUAAAGUUCACUUGGAAAAUUAUUUCAGCAAUUUGAUUGCUCAGCAUAUUGAAAGGAAAAAUAGACAGGAAAGGCUUCUUGAAUCAUUGAAAGAUGAAUCCUUAACUGAAGAACAGAGAGAAGAUUUGAGAAAGCAAUAUGCCAAGAAGGAAACUCAAUUUCUUCGAUUGAAAAGAUCAAGACUUGCUGUUGAUGACUUUGAACCUCUUAAAGUUAUUGGUCGAGGAGCUUUUGGUGAGGUUCGAUUAGUACAGAAAAAAGAUACUGGUCAUGUAUACGCGAUGAAAAUUUUACGUAAAGCAGAUAUGCUUGAAAAAGAACAAGUUGCUCAUGUUCGAGCAGAAAGAGAUAUUCUGGUUGAAGCUGACCAUCAAUGGGUUGUCAAAAUGUAUUAUAGUUUCCAAGAUUGUAUUAAUCUUUACAUUAUUAUGGAGUUCCUGCCCGGUGGCGAUAUGAUGACUUUAUUAAUGAAAAAAGAUACCCUCUCCGAGGAGUGUACCCAAUUUUAUAUUGCUGAAACGGCCCUUGCAAUCGAUUCAAUACAUAAAUUAGGAUUUAUUCAUAGAGACAUUAAACCUGAUAACCUUUUAUUAGACGCAAAGGGACACAUCAAAUUAUCUGAUUUUGGCCUUUGCACAGGGUUGAAGAAAUCACAUCGAACUGAAUUUUAUCGCGAUUUAUCGCAAGCCAAACCUAGUGAUUUCUCAAGCAAUCCUAUGGAUUCCAAACGUAGAGCUGAAAGUUGGAAGAAAAACCGUCGUCAGUUGGCUUAUUCAACCGUUGGUACACCCGAUUAUAUUGCUCCAGAAGUUUUUCAACAAGAUGGUUACAAUGAAUCCUGUGAUUGGUGGUCCUUAGGUGUUAUAAUGUAUGAAAUGUUGAUUGGUUAUCCACCAUUCUGCUCCGAAACACCUCAAGAAACAUACCAUAAAGUAAUGAAUUGGGAAAAGACACUUGUUUUUCCACCAGAAGUACCAAUUUCAAAACAUUCAGAGGAUUUAAUUAAAAAAUUUUGUUGUCAAGCUGAAAGAAGAAUUAAUUCACUUGAUUCAUUAAAACAGCAUCUCUUUUUUAAAGGUGUUGAUUGGGAACAUAUCAGAGAACGUCCUGCAGCAAUUCCGGUGGAGGUCAAAAGUAUUGAUGAUACUUCUAACUUUGAUGAGUUUCCCGAUGUUGAUCUCAAAAUACCCUCAGCUCCUCAAGAUACUGAAACUAGUCCCAAAGAUUGGGUGUUUAUUAACUAUACAUACAAGCGUUUUGAAGGUCUAACCCAAAGAGGUGUUAAAACUCCUAGGAAAAGUUGAACAGCUAAUAUAUUACAAAAAAUUUAUUUCAUAUAAAUAUUUCAUCUACGAGAGCGAACUUCACCCUCAACAACCAAAAAAUUUCUUGUAGACUUGUCUUUUUUUGGGCAAUGAGAGAUACCAAUACUUUGCUAAUCUCCUUCAUGUACCAAAGAUGGACCCAAAAAUAUCAAUUGUUUUUUGUUUGACGAACAUUUGAGAAUGAAGAAAGCAAUAUUUCAAAGACACUAAAACAAAGCAGACACACUUAUUACCAGAACGCUGUUUCUGAGGAAAGCAAAUGAGCUACAUAUUAAACCACCAAAACAAUUAAUUAACCACACCGUUUAAAAACGCAAGAUAAAGGACAGAUAGAUUCAAAUCUAUCACUACUGGUCAAUUCUAAGUAAAUUGAUGGUGACCAAAAUUCAAGUGCAAAGAAAGAUGAAUAGAGUCCAAAUAGGUUUCAGGCUGAUGUUUAAGAUGGCAACAUUGUUAAAUCUUACGACUUACAAAUGUUAACGUUAUUACGUGUUAGAAGCAUUAAUCAUGUUAUUAACUGACUGACAUGUUACCUGUAGGAUUUUUCAACGAUGCUCUUGUUUAACAACCUGGAACUAUUUUGUUUUAUAAUGAAGUACAAUUUAUUUACGAAAUAAAAGUUUAUUAGAGAUCAGUUGACUCCGAGGAUCAAAGAUGUGCCUAAUUGUUGUUUGCUUUCAAAGAAAGAUUUAAUUGCCCAAAGCUUCAACUAACCCGAUUGUCAUGAGAAAUCAUUGAUCUUGGAUUAUCGUAAAUUUUCAUCACAAUCAUUCAUUACAGUUUAGGGAGACUGAACCGAUCGGAAAGCAAACCAAAAAGUUGAUGAUUAAAUUGACCGAUUAUUCUAAUUAAUAUUCACAUGCGAUUUGAGCUAAUGACUUGUAUAUUCAACUUAUAGAUUAAUUUCAUACAAUAAAUUGUAAUUGAAGAAGAAAAA